UCGCAUCAUGACUAUGAAAUUAAAUUCCAUUCUACCAUGCCCGUGACGUAUGCAAGACAGAAGACAUGUCGCGGAUAGAGAUGAAGGCUUUUUCCUCAACAUGCUUGACGACCUGUCAAUGAGGAAUCUGCGAUUGAUGGUUAUGAAGGAUACAAUAGCUCAUUGAGUCAUGCUGAUCGAGUCAUCUCGACCAGGAUGAUCGAGGUGACCGGAGUAGGGUUUUUCUCCUUUCUCGUCCUCGUCUGCUGUAGUUAUCUCCCAUCAGUCUGUCAGUCACCAGUAACCAAAUGCAUAAUUAAAAAAAAAAAUGUUAGCGGCCGAUCAGGCAGCGGCCAGCAGCCACUCAAGGGAGAACCCCCACCUCCUCCUCUUGUUUUCUUCUUCGAUUUGCUCUGUCUCGAUACCUUUCCAUCCGGAUUGGAGAGGACCAUCCAGGAGAUGAGAGGCAAAUUUGAUGGGGGGCCAAAAGGCAGUGGUUGCGUGGGUACAUGAGAAGAUUUGAUUGAGUAAGUACUGUACUAUCCUCAUCUGCCGCAUAUACUUUGUAGUUUCAAGAGGCCGCGGGUGAAAAAAUAGCCUCUGGACAGGGAU